AUGGCCGUCUUGAAUGGAACCGAUGAUACGAAUACACUGACUAGCUUAGCCCAUGCGGGAUUCCAAUACCCCCCUGACUCUGCAGGUAGCUUCCCCUCAAGAUAUCGCGGUGGUACGAAGUUUGACACUUCUAUAGCAGGUCUACACAUCAGCUUCUCCCCUAGUGGCUGCAACGCUGUCACACUGGAUGGAGAAGGCCAGGCGCAGCUACGGGUGAUGGAACACUCGUAUGGCGCGGAAAAUGGACUUUACGAUGAAAAUAAAUUCUCUGCUGCUGUUGCCUCUUUGACAUUGGCAUUCUGCCGCGGAUGCGGAAGCGAAUUUAAUACGGAUGACAUAUUGUUAAUUUUGAAACGGCAAGCAUCACCUGAUGCGCAAAUAUCUUUCAUCAACGAAGUUUACCGCGCGCUGGGGGUCAACUGCAACUAUACACAGGAAAAUGACAAAUUGAUGAGCCAUCAGUACCUACCAAAAUGCCUUAGUGUACAAGCUGCGCUGGGAUUCAUUGAUAAAUACAAGUCACGGAACUUUGCAUCUAAUGUGCCGUGGACAAUUCUUCAGCUUCGCCAUGCUUCUGUUCUAUAUGCGCUGUUUCUCCAGUACCUUAAAGGGGGUGUCCAGGCAGAACCCCCUGAUGCAGGUAAGAUCUCGACAUGCGGGAAGUACGCAGAACUUUUUCUAACUGUAAGAUUUGAUGCAGAUGCUAUACGCAUUUUACUUGGAAAUACGAAAUGGGCUCUGGACUUGUUACAUUAUGUUCUGAACGACCUUCUUGACCUCGCGGAUGAUCUAGAAAGCUUGCUUUCUGACCAGGAGGCCUUUGCCCAAAAAUUGAAAACCAUAAGUUCUCUGCCCCUGAUCAUCCUCUUGUCUAGUAUGUCCCGAGCCUUCCUGCGCUUCAUCUGCCGGGGGUUGCGAGGAAUUCAGGCCGGCUACGCUACCGCACCUCUGACGGGCGACGCUGGCGUCUACUAUGCCGAGAUUUAUCGAACCCUAGACACGUCCCCUGUGCGAAUUGACGUUUAUGAGAAAUUGCUUGCUGGGGUGGACUCGACCGUGCGACAUGUCUAUCAUGGCGCAGGUUUCGGAGACAAUGAACGGCCGGGCCCUGAAAAGGAGCUCUUAGUCAACGGCCGUAUCCCCCCUGUUCUUGUUACAGCAGUCUCUACUAUUCUCCGACAGACGGUCCCUGCGCUCAAGCCCGAUAUCGAUCGGAUGGCUAUCUAUAUGGGUGACUACAGCUGGCUCGGCCUUGGGUCCGACCGACGUGCAGAACUGUACCGGAGGACCAGGGACGUGGAUAUCAUCAAGAAGAUUCCUUUCAGAAGCACGGCAUCUGCGGGCUCGGACGAGACUCAAAGCGGAAAACACAAUCCCAGUCAGGUGCGCAGACGGUGCGUCCGUUGUUGCGAGAUUAUGUGCGGUGCCUACCCGCCACGCCCACAGCUAUCGUCUCGCAUGAUGUACAAGUUGGGCUAUGUGCGGUAUUGUAUUUGUGGAGGUGGAUGGACACUGGAAUCAGACUUCCACCGCUAG